CACCAUGGUCAAGGCCACCUGGAGCCAGGAGGCCUCUGCUUUGAGCAUCGUGAGUCUCUCCUUACUCAUCGCAUCGUCCAGGCUGACAGAGGCAAGUCUCCGCUUCACGACUCCGCCAGCAUGCGGAAGCCGCUGACGCGGGGGUUUGCGGAUCUCCUCAAGUUCAACACCACGGUCAAUGGCAUCUGGCGCCAGGAGGCGUUCGCCUCGAGCAGCGUGAGUCUUCCCUUACCCAUCGCAUCGUCCAGACUGACAGGGGCAUGCCUCUACUUCACGACUCCGCUAGCAUGCGGAGGCCGCUGGUGCGGGGGUCCGCGGAUUUCUUCAGGCUCAACACCAUGGUCAAGGCCAUCUGGCGCCAGGAGGCGUCUACAUCGAGCAUCUUGAGUCUUUCCUUACUCCUCGCAUCGUCCAGACUGACAGCGACAAGCCUCUGCUUCACGACUCGACCGGCACACGGAUGCUGCUCGCGCAUGGACU